AUGACAGCUCAUAGGCCUAACUGUCUCAAAGCAACCAUGUACAAAGUUCCUAGAAAGAAAUAUAACCGUUCACGCAAGAAAAUUGAAAAGUCAAACCCUUGGAAGCUACCGAUGGUUCCUAAAAGCUAUUUGGAGCAAAUGAAGAUGGAAGAUUGUGUUAACUUUUACACAAACCGUUAUACAACAAUAGUUUACAAUAAAGAUUGCAAGCUUGAGAAAUAUCCUCUAAAGCCGAGACUAAAACAGGGACACUGGACUACUGAGGAGGAUAAAAUACUCUUGGACAUAGUAAAAAGAUUUGGCCCACAUAACUGGGAAAAAAAUUCUAUUUACCAUCCUACUCGGAACGACAAGCAGAUGAGAGAACGAUGGCUAUCUCACUUACAAGGAGUCAACAAAGACCCAUUCACGGAAGAAGAGGUUGCCAUUAUUUAUUGUAUGAGAAAUGGAGUAAAAAAAAAAAAAGAAGAAAGUAUAGUCAAAAAAGAAAGUAUAGUCGAAAAAGAAAGUCCUGUCGUAAAAAAAAGAAGAAUUUUCUCAGAAGGUAUGGGAUGGGCAGAAAUUGCAAACAGACUUGGCAAUGGACGCACGGCAAACUCGUGUAAAAACGUUUAUCACAAUGUCGUAGAAAAGAGUCUUCCAAAAGCUGCUAAAGGAUAUGAAGAGUUAUAUUAUAAAAUAAGCACGAAAGAGUUGUCGGCUGAUGACAAGAUGGCAAUAGAUUUUCUUGUACGUGGCGUUAGCUGA